GCAUCAUUCAUUUGACUCCUUUGAAAAUUGAAUUCGUAUAUUGUCGCUCACUUCUUGUAUCGGAAAUCAAGCAAAAUUCUGUUAACAAACUCAUUAUAUACGAUGGAAGAAAAUCAUGAAACAACAUCACCAUGCCGUGGUAAAUCUUCUGGUAGAUCCCUAAGUUUAGUAACAGAUCUCGCGCUGCCCUCCCAACAACCUUACCCCCUUCAGCAUUCUCAGAAUCCUCAAAAUUUCAACUUUCAAUACCCAGUCUCAGCCCCCCCUUUAGCACAACAUAACCAGAUCAAUCCACUAUCCGCUCUCCCUUUAACUCAGAAUCAUCCCUUUGCAAUCCCUCACCCACAACCAUACCAAACCCAAGUCUUCAAUCCAGAACACCAUUAUCUUCUCCUAUCACUUUCGCGAGAAAACUUCAAGGCACUUUCUCUACGACAGAAAAUUGCAGCGGCAGAAACAAAUCUUGCUUCUAUAAACGCAGCUGUGGAGUUGGAGGGUGUGGAGAUAGGUAUCACAUCUCCUCUCUCCUCUAUCUCCACACCUACGACACCGUACUUGCAGGCGCCCACCCGUCGUAAACUGAAGAAACAAAUCUCGUGGCUGAAAUGCCGGAUCAAGGAGUGUACGAGACAGGAAAGAAUUCUGAUGGAGAGAUUGCAGCAGAUUGGGGAGGAGCAGGAGAGGAGAUGCAGAUGGAUGCAGAUUGAACGGCAGAGAAGGAUUAACGAGGAGAUGCUGGAGUGGCAGAGGGGGUAUUGGAAUUGUUUUGUUGCUGCGGGUGGGUGUGUUGGGGUUGGGCAAAAUGCUUAUGGGUAUGAUAGUGGUGGAUAUGGAUAUGGACAUAGUAACGGGCAUGCGGGUAUGCUGAAUGCUAGCACGCCUGCGUUUCAACCCGGAGGCAGUGUUAGUGUUGCUGGUGCUUGUCAUGUCGAUGCAAAAGCGAGUGUGGGGGGACGAAAAGAUUCAAAUGAGUUUUGGAAUACGGACGCGCCUGUUUUUUCACCGGUUAAUUUCUUUAAAUCUUCUUCUUCCUCUUCGGUUUCUGUUUCUGGCGUGUCGCGGAAAGUGCAGAGUGCAGAGGUGGAGAGACUUAGUAGGGGGUGGGAUGAAUGUGAAUUGUCGCCUUUGGCUGAGGAGAGGAGGAGGUCUUCUCUGAAAUGGAGGGUGGAGAUUAGGGGUGGUGAUGAGGAGAAGGAGAUGGAAAUGAGAGAAGAAGGAUUGGGGUCUGGGGAAGGGGAAGGAGAGGCAGAAGGAGAAGGAGAAGCGGGAUAUUCCUCGACCGAAACGGCGAUUACGACGCCGACUCCGCGGCAGAGUGCGAGGGUGUCGCCGAUGGGCGCCGCGAAGAGUUGUAAUGAUGUGAUGUUGGGGUUUCUGGAUGGGAGGUAUGGGAUAAGAGAUGAGGGGGGGGUGGAUGGUGGGGAUUUGGAUGGGGAGGGGGUGCCGAGGGAGAAGAAAUAUAAAAGUUUACCCGGGGUGCAGAGUCUGCGGUGGGAGGGGGUUUGUGGGAGGGAAGGGAAGUUUCAUGGAAAGGACGGUUUGAAGGAGAGGAGUGAGAUUGAUCAGGUUUGGUAGGGGGUUCUUGGGAGGGAUUUUCAUCCGGCUGUUGAUGUUUUGGGGGUUGCGUAUAUAUAUAUGAUGAUUUAUGUGAUGAUGAUGAUGAUGUAUGUAUGUCACCAAUGAUCCUAAGAGAUGGUGAUAAAAAUAGAUGGAUGGGGAUAGAGGGAAAUGAAUUUUAUAGAAUGAUGAGAUGGGGAUUAGGAUGAAAAAGUUCUGCUUGUUGGAAGAUUCGGGUUACUAUCGAAAUGUACAUGUAAUUUUUUUUGGGGUUUGGACUUCUUUUGUUACAUCGUACAUUAUGUGUAUAUACAUAGGUAUUUUAUGCGGACUGUACAUAGAAUUGAUAUUUUACA